CAUACCCCACCCUCUCCUUCUCACUGGCUGCCUGCCCUGGACUGCAGGGGGAAGAGGGUGACUUAGAGUGCCCGCUCACUCACUCACUCACACACAGUGACUCAGAUCAGCCGACAGCUCCCUCUUCGAAGUCUUAUCUGCUCCAUGCCACAGCAGAGAUCCCUCCAGCCUACUAGCAGGUGGUGACUUCCCUAUGACACCGAUGAAGAAAAUGGCAGGCCAGGCAUUUCACAAGGCAGUGGUUUUCCAUAUGAGUCUUUUCUUCCUCCUCCAAGGGACACAGGGCAGCAACCACAAAGAUGAGUUCAGGUUCUGUGGGGAAAGGAAUCAGACCCAUUUGAGCAGACUGUACUACAUUCAAGGCCAUUCCCGCCACAUUGUCAUCGAGAACACAGAAAAGGCCCUAACAAUCAAGGCCCCAUUUCCCGCCAAAGAAUCCAACAAAUCCUGGGAUUUCUCACCUCCCAGGGGCCCGUAUCAUUUCUGUCUCUACUGGCUUCCGAAUGCUGAGAAGCUCCACCUCGUUUAUGGCAAGACCACUUAUGAGCUGAGUAAACAGGCCCGUGAAUUCCUGUGCUUCAGCCACCUCGAGGUGGCGGAGCCGGUGCAGGGGCCCCCACUGCUCAAUCCUUCCUACAGCUCCUGGAGAAAACCGCAGAACACCAGCCUUCUCAGUAGCCAUCGAUACGUCUUCCACUUUCACGACCCCCCUCAUCAUGCCUCUUCCCACAAUGGGUCAGUUGACAUGUGUGAUCUGAAACGGGAACUACAGUCAAUUAAUGUGCUAUUGAGCAACCCUAGAAACGGCAGGAAGUUACCACCGACCUCUGUGAGCCAGCAUCUGCAGAGCUUGGAGUCAAAGUUGAUGAGCGUACAUUUCAAAGGGGAUAAGGCUUCCUUUGAGGAGGAGAAGAUCAAUGCCACUGUGUGGAAACUGAGGCCAGGAAUUAAAGAUCUGCACAUCCAUUCCAAAGCAAAGGUGGAGCAGAGCAGAGUGCAAGAGUACUCCGUGAAGCUGCCCGGUGCCCUCUUCGAGAAGGCCAAAGGCCGGAGAGGGGAGACCGACAAGAGGCUCCUGCUCAUGGAUUUUAGCAGCCAGGCUUUAUUCCAGGACAAAAACUCCAGCCAAGUCCUUGGGGGGAAAGUCCUGGGUAUUGUUGUACAGAACACCAAGGUGUCCAACCUCCAGGAACCUGUGGUCCUCACCUUCUGGCACCAGCCACAGCAGAAGAAUGUGAGCCUACAAUGUGUGUUCUGGGAAGAGAACCCUGACUCUGGAAGCCCAGGGAGUUGGAGUGAUUCUGGCUGCAAGACAAAGGUGGGGGAAACAAACACAUCCUGCUUCUGCAACCAUCUGACUUACUUUGCUGUACUGAUGCUCCAGGUCUCUUCUGUGGAGAUUGAUGCCGUCCACAAACACUAUCUCACUCUCCUUUCCUACGUCGGCUGUGUUAUCUCAGCCCUGGCUUGUGUCCUGACAAUUUCCAUCUACCUCUUCUCUAGGAGGAAGCAGAGAGACUAUACCAUCAAAGUCCACAUGAAUCUCCUACUCUCCAUCUUCUUCCUGGACCUGAGCUUUCUGCUCAGUGAACCUGUGGCUCUCCUGGAGAAUGCAAUGGGCUGCUGGGUCAGCGCCAUCUUCCUGCACUUCUCUUUGAUGGCCUGCCUCACUUGGAUGGGCAUCGAAGGCUAUAACCUCUAUCGGCUGGUGGUGGAAGUCUUCAGCACCUACGUCCAUGGCUACCUGGUCAAGCUAUGCCUCAUGGGCUGGGGGAUCCCUAUCUUUCUGGUGAUGGUGAUAGCACUAGUGGAUGGGGAGAACUACGGCUCUAUCAUACUCACCGUCCAGAAGUCACCUGAAGAUACCAUCUACCCUUCCAUGUGCUGGAUUAGGGAGCCUGUCGUCAACUACAUCAACCUGGGCUACUUCUGCCUGGUGUUUCUGUUUAACGCCGUGAUGCUGGGCACCAUGACAGUGCAGAUCCUGAGGCUGAACCAACGCGGCCAGAAGUGGCUGCACGCCCUCACCCUGCUGGGUCUAAGCCUGGUCCUGGGCAUUCCUUGGGCUCUGGUUUUUUUCGCCUUCACAUCAGGCAUUUUCCAGUUGGUUGUACUUUAUCUCUUCAGCAUCAUCACUUCCUUCCAAGGCUUCCUGAUCUUCCUCUGGUACUGGUCCAUGAAGCUCCAAGCCAGGGGCCCCUCCCCUCUCAAGAGCACCUCGGACAGCGUCAAGUUACCCAUCCAUUCUGGGAGCACUUCUGGCAGCCGCAUCUAGGCACUGAGGGGACCUACCUGCCUGCUCCGAAGAGGAGAAAAGGAGAACACCAGUUUGCCCUUGCCCCUCUUUCCUCCUCCUCCCACCCCUCACUGCCUUUGGCUCACGUGUGGACUUUUUCAGUCUGUCUCAGUGGACUCCGCCUUCACAGUCCUGAUAAAUGUUCAGGGGCCAUGGGCUCCAAGGGUCUAGUGGAACAGAGCAGUGGGGGACUUUCUCUGGCCC